CCGAAGCAUCGGGACCGCGUCUGAAAUUUUCAACUUUUUUCUUCGAUAUCGAUUGCCGAUUUUGAUCAUGCGGCGACUACCGAUGCUAAUAGUGAGUUUUGUCGUGUGCGCCUCGGUCGUAGCCGAAGAUUCGUCCGAGAAAACGUGCAACAUCCUGUCGGACAAGUGGCCGAGUCUGCAGCUGAAACGCCACCUCUUCUGCGAGUACGACAAAGCCGUCAGACCCGUGGCCAACAAAUCCGCUAGCAUAAGCAUCCAAGUCGAGCUCCGUCCCAAAUUUAUGGAAUUCUACAGCAGUAAAAGUCAAUUUAUCCUUCACACUUGGGUCGAGCUCGUUUGGCGGGACGAGCACCUCAACUGGAAUCCCGAAGAAUUCGAAGGCGUCGAGUGGAUACAAUUAAAAAGCGAAGAGCUUUGGCUACCCGAUCUCUCCCUCUACAACUCAGGAGACCUGAGCGUUCGCCAGACCGGCAUACCACCGACCAUCUGCACACUGUGGCACAUGGGCCAGGUGGAGUGCUCGCCGUCGAUCAAGUACACGUCCCAGUGCGAGACCGACUACACGUUCUGGCCUUACGAUCUGCAGAACUGCACCAUCACCAUGGGCUCGUGGAUGUACUCCGGCGAGCUCGUCGACUUUGAUUUCGGCUACACUCCGAUCUCGAUGAAGGGUUUCGUGGCGAAUAAAUGGUGGGCAGUGACCAACUACACGACGGCGAGGGAGAGUCCCCAGUUCGGAACGAACAACACCUACCCGCAGUUGUCCGUGUCGUUUCGGCUUCAGAGACACUCGGACGUGUUACGCGCUGUCUACGUAACGCCGCUUAUUGUUUUGGCAGCACUGACUUUGGCGCUCUUCUGGUUGGAUUCACGAUCGACCGAACGACUGAUGCUUGCGUCGAUUACCUUUAUCUGCCACCUGCUGUGCAUCUAUAGCCUCCAUUGGUUGAUGCCCUCGAAUGGACUUAAAUUACCUCAUGUGCUGCUGUUCUAUCGAGACUCGAUGAUAAUCACGAGCUUCGCGAUCGUCCUCACGACUCUGCUGCGGAAACUGCAAUCGACCCGGGGAAUCCCCGCGCCGAUCUGGAUCGAGUCGAGCGUCAGUUUCGUGGCCAACAAUCCGGCCGGUCGCUGGCUGCUGCUCGAGGACUGGCCACCCGGAAAUUCGAAGGUCAUCGGCAGCGACGAUCGCGAGCCAAUCGAUGCAAUGCCCAUGAAAAUCGACAACUGGAGACGAUUGGCCCUUAUCAUCGAUUGGCUGGCACUUUUCGCCUCGACGUUUACCUACCUGUUGCUUUUCAUCAGCCGGAUACCUAAAAGCGAGUACGAGAAAUCCUUGACUUCGUUGUGA